CUCUCAGAGCUGCUUGCCUGAGGCUGGCAUGGCUCAGGCAGGAGAGGGAGACUGCAGCCAUCCAGAUACACACAGAGGAGAGAAAAGUAACAGCUCCAACAUGUGACUGGAAUGGAAGUGAAAAAAAAAACCCCAUCCCCAAUUAAAGCCAUGUGUGUUGGUGGAUGGAGCUGCUCCUGAAAGGUUCCUGGAGGCUGUGCAGCACUAAUGCAGCCACUCUGAAAUUCCCUGGAUUUUAGAACAGGCUCCUCCAGCACACGAAAUCCCUGUGGAAGCAGAGCUGUUCCUGCAUGGCAGCAGCACCCCAGCCCAGCACCCUUGUGAAGGAUGGAGGCGUCCUGCCUGGAGCUGGCCCUGGAGGGAGAGCGCUUGUGCAAGGCUGGCGACUUCAAAGCUGGGGCAGCUUUCUUCGAAGCAGCAGUGCAGGUGGGGACAGAGGACCUGAAGACUCUCAGUGCCAUCUACAGCCAGCUGGGCAAUGCCUAUUUCUACCUGAAGGAGUAUUCCAAGGCCCUGCUGUACCACAAACACGACCUUACCCUGGCCAGAACCAUUGGGGACAGAAUUGGAGAAGCCAAGGCAAGUGGCAACCUUGGGAAUACCCUGAAAAUACUGGGGCAGUUUGAUGAAGCUGUGGUUUGCUGCCAGAGACACCUGGACAUUUCUCGGGAGCAGGGAGACAAGGUGGGUGAAGCCAGAGCUCUCUAUAACAUAGGGAAUGUUUACCAUGCAAAGGGGAAGCAUUUAUCCUGGAACACAGCCCAGGACCCGGGUUACCUGCCUCAGGAAGUCAAGGACACGCUACAGAAAGCUUCAGAAUAUUAUGAGAGGAACCUGUCCCUGGUGAAGGAGCUGGGGGACAGAGCUGCACAGGGCCGUGCUUAUGGCAACCUUGGCAACACCCAGUACUUACUGGGCAACUUCAGCGAGGCCAUUGCCUUCCACAAGGAGCGCCUGGCCAUCGCCAAGGAGUUUGGGGACAAGGCAGCCGAGCGCAGAGCCUACAGCAACCUGGGCAACGCCCACAUCUUCCUGGGCAGGUUCGACAUCUCUGCUGACUACUACAAGAAAACCCUCCAGCUCUCCAGACAGCUCAAAGACCAAGCAGUAGAAGCCCAGGCUUGCUACAGCCUGGGGAACACGUGCACACUGCUUCAGGACUAUGAAAAAGCCAUUGAAUACCACCUGAGGCACCUGGUGAUAGCACAGGAGCUGGGGGACAGGGUGGGAGAAGGAAGAGCCUGCUGGAGUCUGGGAAAUGCCUACGUGUCCCUGGGGAGCCAUGAACAGGCUUUGCACUUUGCAAGGAAACAUCUUGAGAUCUCCCAAGAGAUCGGGGACAGGAGCGGGGAGCUGGCAGCACAGCUGAACAUGGCCCAGCUCAGGGCAGCCCUUGGCUUGAGCCCUGGGGAGGAGGACGGGGCUGCAGCUCAUCCCUACUCUGGCUAUGAGGCACAAGGAGCCAGGCCAAAGAGACUCCAGAGGAACAGCAUGGACAGCUUAGACCUCCUCAAGUUCCCUUCUGAAAAGGACCAGAAUGGGGACAGCCACCACGUGGGAGAGCUGAAGAUCUCAGGGAAGGAGUUCUUGUCAUUGCCUGGGAGAACGAAGAAGCACCAGAGGCCCCAGGGACCAGAUGCAUCCCCUCUGGAGGCUGGCCAAGUGCAAGUCCAGGUGCCACAGUCGAAAAUCAACCGGACCCCUUCGGACGAGGAAUGCUUCUUUGACCUGUUGAGCAAGUUCCAGAGUAACCGGAUGGAUGACCAGCGGUGCCCGCUGGAGGAGUGCCCAGCCGAGGCUGCGGAGGCAGCGGCCACGCGGGUCCCUGCCCUGGCAGAGCGGAUAUCACAGUCCACCCUGAUGACAUCUCCACAGACAGAGGAGUUCUUCGACCUCAUUGCCAGCUCCCAGAGCAGGCGCCUGGAUGACCAGCGUGCCAACGUGGGCAACCUGCCCGGCCUGCGGAUAACCCACAACAACCUGGGCCACCUGCGCAUGGAGGGGGACGCCCAGGAGCCCGGGGACGAGUUCUUCAACAUGCUCAUGAAGUGUCAGUCCUCCAGGAUCGAGGACCAGCGCUGUGCCCCCCCUGACUCCAUCCCCCGUGGCCCCACCAUGCCUGAUGAAGAUUUCUUCAGCCUCAUCCAGCGUGUCCAGGCCAAGCGCAUGGACGAGCAGCGUGUGGAUUUGGCCUCACUCCAUGAGGCGGCUGAGGAGGAGCAGCAGAGGCCUAGUUCCAGCUAAGAAUUGGGCUUUGCUCUGGGGGGGUUGUUUCAGCUUUAUUUUGUUUUUUAAAGGAAAAACAGAGUAGGUGGUUUCAAGCCCGAGUGCUCCUGUGCUCCCACUCUUGUCCCAGGAGCUGCACCUCCUUCGUGUUCCUAUGGCAGAGCCCAACGGAUGGGGGACAGUUUUUAAAUAAGGGGUUUUUUUUAGGACACUUGGCCCCUCUAACACUGGCCACAGCACCUGGAAGACUUUAGCAGCCCCUUGCUGAUCACCUAAAACCCCAGGAACUUGGAGCCCACAGGGGGUAGUUAACUCCAGCCUCGAUGUCUUUUAUUUCCACAACACUUUUAUUUAAACAGGGAAAGGGAAGAACACCUUUUCCAUUUUGAAGUCCUUCUGUCUUCCUGACACAAAUAGCUCUGGAUCCUUCUCUGGAACAUCUUGUUCAGCUUUGUUCCUUCUGCAGGAGAAAAAGAGCCCAAGUCCUUUAAACCUUACUCCACCCCAGCUGUAUCCUGGUCCCACACACCUGAGUGUAUUUUAGGUUUGCUGAGGACUCUCUGGAGAGCCCUGGACAUUCUCUGCUUCCAGCUGCAGCCCUGCAGGACCUCCUGAGCAGGGGCAAAGCCUCUCUCACCCUGAGCUUUAGUGGGAUUUGUUACCUCUGGAGCCCACUGCUGUUCCUGGGCAGGGGGAAGGAGGAAAGAGGUCUCUGCCCAAGCCCACGGCAAACAGGGACAGCUCCUGCUGCCACUGAGCCAAUGUGAGGGUGUCCAAGACAGAACCUGUGUGUGACAGGGCCCUGCUUCUACAGCCAGCAAAGCUUUCUGCCCAUGGCUCAGCCCUCCUUCCUUCUGUGUCCAACAGCAGCUCAAGCCAAUGGCCCUUCCCUCUUCUUGUUUCUCCCCAAACCAGCAGUGAGCUGCUCCCAGUGAGGCACUCUGGUUCUGUGCACCUGUCUCCAGCCUCAGGAGAGCCUCAGCCUGUGGGGCUGGCUGGGAACUCACAUUUUCUGUCAUUCCUUCCCCUUUUGGCCCAGCUGGAAAAGCUGGAGGAGGGGAGCAGGGACCUGUAUUUUUCCUUUGCUUGAGCAGACACUAUGCUGGACUUCAGACACUCCAGCGCUGAGUUGUGCCGAAGCAGCGCCGUUCCUGCAGAGAAUAAAUCAGCACUUCCCCUUCCAAAUGUGUUCCAUGGAAACAUUCCCAACCAGCAGGGAGAUAUUUUUAGACCAGUGAUGCUGCUCAUGGGGCAUUUCCCCUGCCUGCACUGACCAUGUGGAGUGGUAGCUGCAGUUUACCUGGGAGCACUCACCUGCUGCUUGGCCAAGGCUCCCUCCUGGGGCUGGGCACAGCUCUGGAGAGGGGGGAGGAGAGGAGCUGCCCAUCCCCAACCUACCAGCCAAGCUGGGAUUUGUAAAAGAGGAAAACAGUGAUGAUGAUGAUGACCUGACCAGCUGCAGGCUGCAGCUUUUAGCCAGGUGGUGAACUGGAACCUGACCAUUAAGCUUUCAGAGGUAUUAUUGAGGUAUUAUUUGCCAUAUACUUGAAUGUAUGAGCUUAUUUAUUUUUUACAUGUGCAUUUGCUAAUGUCAUUUUAAUGGGGAAUUUCCGACCCACAGGUACUUGUUUUUUUCUAAAAAAUAAUCUGCCAAAUGGAUUAAUAUAUUAGAAAUGAAUACAGCUCAAGGGGAAGGGGUGGGGGGAAUUGUGCUUAAUAAAUAUUUGCGUCUAAGCUUCA